AUGGCAACAAAGUCGUCUCGAAACGAUGAGUGCGUUCGCGUAAUGGUUCGUAUCCGACCCAUGAGUGGUAAAGAAGUUCAAGAUGGACGCCGAGAAGCCACCACCGCCAAUUUUGAUCGAGCAGAAGUAUCAAUUUUUAAUCCCGUGGCAGCAACUUCUGAGCCGCCAAAGUCUUUUACUUUUGAUGCUGCAUUUGGUGCGAAAUCGACGCAGCAGCAAGUAUACGACACAGCAGCUACAGAGAUCGUUGAGGCAGUCAUGGAAGGAUACAACGGUACUAUCUUUGCGUACGGCCAAACAGGUGCAGGGAAAUCGCAUACAAUGGAAGGAGUUGGAGACCAACCUGGAAUCAUUCCCAACUCGUUUAAACACAUUUUUGACAAGGUAGCAAUCUCGAAAAACAAGCGGAUUUUAGUACGUGCGUCAUAUCUAGAGAUCUACAAUGAAGAGAUUCGCGAUUUGUUAUCAAAAGACCCGAAGAAUGCUUUAGAUCUCAAGGAAAAUGCCGACUCUGGAGUCUUUGUCAAGGGUCUGACCACUCAAGUGGUCAAAGAUGCAGCCGAGAUCGACCAUGUGAUGCAAACGGGCAAGAAAAACCGAAGUGUUGGUGCUACACUGAUGAAUCAGACGUCGUCUCGAUCACACUCGAUCUUUACGAUCGUCGUUGAGUGUUUGAGUGAGGUUUCAUCGGUUCGGGACGGUAAAAAACAUGUGUGCGUAGGCAAACUCAACUUAGUCGAUUUGGCAGGCAGUGAACGUCAAUCCAAGACUGGCGCAACGGGAGAUCGUCUACAAGAAGCUAACAAGAUCAAUCUCUCACUUUCUGCACUUGGAAAUGUCAUUUCAGCUUUAGUAGAUGGUAAAUCAAAACACAUUCCAUAUCGUGACUCAAAGUUGACGCGAUUGCUACAAGAUUCAUUGGGUGGAAAUACGAAAACUGUGAUGAUCGCUAAUUGUGGACCAGCUGACUACAAUUACGAGGAAACGUUGACAACACUUCGAUACGCAAGUCGUGCCAAAAACAUUAAAAACAAGCCGAAAAUUAACGAAGAUCCUAAAGAUGCCAUGAUUCGAGAAUUUCAAGAAGAAAUUGAAGCGUUAAAAGCCAAGUUGCUGGUGAUCGAAAAGCAAACAAAUGAAGGGUUACACUCAACCAUCUCUGCGGCACCAGCAGAAGUUGUUGAAGUGGAAAAGAUUGUCGAGAAAAUUGUUAUUGAAAAGGGAAUUAGUAUUGCAGAAGCCCAAGCAAUUGCAGAAAAAGCUCAACGAGAGAAGGAAGAGAUGCUUCAAAAAAAUCGUGACGACUUGGCAGUAGCGACAAAAGACAAAGCACAAGCUGAAAUGAAUAAGCGCGAGCUAGAGUUACGAUUAGAACGGGAACGUCAGCAAGCUGAAGAAUUGGCAGCGCAACAAAAAGUACUUCUUGAACGACUUGCUGCGACGCAAGCCAAAGUUUUGGUUGGUGGGGAAAUGAUGACAAAGGCUGCACAGCAAGAAGACGAACUUCGACGAACAAAAGUGGAAUUAGAAGAACGAAAGCGUCAAGAGUUGCAACUUGCCCGUGAAUUGGCUGAACAAGAAGAAAGUAAUUUAAUGCGCGAAGAAAAGUAUCAAUCGUUACAAGAAGAAGCCGAAGCCAAAGCGCGAAAACUAAAAAAGGUGUACACUAAAGUCAAAGAGGUGUUAGGGGAUAUCAAAGCAAUGGAAAAGGCUCAUAAUCGCGAAAAGGAAGACCUUUUCGACACCAUUCGACAAUUGACAGCCCAAUUAAAGUUGAAAAAUAUAGUAUUGAACUAUUUUAUGCCCCCCGAAGCAGUGGCAAUGCUUGAAGCGCGGGCUCGCUGGAAUGAAGAAGAGGACGAUUUUACACUUGAUCACUUAGAACUGGCUGGCAAUACGUUACGUUCUCGACAACGACCGCCUUCUGCAAGCAGUGUACGUCGACCCGAGACAUCGUCAGAUAAGAGUCGGAAUGGGAGGAAAAGUAUGGUGACACUAAACAAAGACAGCGACGAUGAACUUGGCCGAGCUGAAGAUCUGGAACUUAAUCGCAACCCUUUCUUCAUGUACGUAUCGGACAGCGAAGGUGACGGCUACGCGCCGGCAGCAUUUCGUACCAAACAAGUCGCAUCUAGCAGUGGUAGCCGACCGAAGACAGCAAGAAAGACUUCAUCCAGGAACUCAUCAAAGCGUUUAGAUGGUGCGUCGAAGAGAAAAUAA